AUUCUGGGCUGGAGGGAACAGGCCAGGCCAGCCCAGGCCCUCCGCACAGCUGGAAAGGGAAAGCAGUAGCACAGUGCCCGCAGACGGAACCACCAUGGACCUCAUCCCAAACUUCUCCGUGGAAACGUGGCUUCUGCUGGCUGCCAGCCUGGUGCUCCUCUACAUAUAUGGGACCUACACACAUAGAACUUUUAAGAAGCUGGGAAUUCCAGGACCGACACCACUGCCCUUUUUGGGAACAGUUCUGGCCUACCGCCAUGGUUUUUGGGACUUUGACAUGAAAUGUUUUCAGAAGUAUGGGAAGAUGUGGGGGAUUUAUGAUGGUAGACAGCCCGUGUUGGCUGUUACUGACCCAGACAUGAUCAAGACGAUCCUAGUGAAAGAAUGUUAUUCUCUCUUCACAAACCGGCGGUCCAUAGGUCCUAUGGGAUUUAUGAAAGAUGCUGUCUCUGUGUCUGAGGAUGAGCAGUGGAAGAGAAUACGGUCAUUGCUGUCUCCAACCUUCACCAGUGGAAAGCUCAAAGAGAUGUUCCCCAUCAUUGCCCAGUAUGGAGAUGUAUUGGUGACGAAUCUGAGGAAGGAUGCAGAUCAGGGGACGUUUGUGAACUUGAAAGACGUAUUUGGGGCCUAUAGCAUGGAUGUGAUCACCAGCACGUCAUUUGGAGUAAACGUGGAUUCCCUCAACAACCCUAAGGAUCCCUUUGUGGAAAAUAUCAAGAAGCUCUUGAGAUUUAAUUUCCUCGACCCAUUCCUGCUCUUAAUGACACUAUUCCCAUUCCUCACACCAUUAUGUGAACUAGCAGACAUCUCUCUGUUUCCAAGUGGUGUCACUACGUUUUUCAAAAAAUCUAUAGAAAGGAUGAAAGAAAAUCGUCUCAAAGAUAAAGAGAAGCACCGGGUGGAUCUCCUUCAGCUGAUGCUCAACUCCCAGAAUUCCAAGGAAGUGGAAACCCACAAAGCUUUGACUGACAUGGAGCUAGUGGCCCAAUCGAUUAUCUUUAUCUUUGCUGGCUAUGAGACCACCAGCAGUACUCUCUCAUUCCUCAUGUAUUGCCUGGCCAUCCACCCUGACGUCCAGCAGAAAUUGCAGCAGGAGAUUGAUACCACUUUCCCCAAUAAGGCACCACCCACCUAUGAUGCCCUGCUUCAGAUGGAAUACCUUGACAUGGUGGUGAACGAAACGCUCAGAUUAUAUCCAAUUGCUGGCCGACUCGAGAGAGUCUGUAAGAAGGAUGUGGAGGUCAAUGGGCAGCUCAUCCCCAAAGGCACAGUGGUCAUGAUGCCCAUCUUUGUACUUCAUAAAGACCCGGAACUGUGGACAGAACCUGAGGAGUUCCGUCCUGAAAGGUUCAGUAAGGAGAACAAGGACAAAAUCAAUCCUUAUGUCUACAUGCCUUUUGGAAAUGGUCCCCGGAACUGCAUUGGCAUGAGGUUUGCUCUCGUGAAUAUGAAACUUGCUCUCAUCAAAACACUGCAGAACUUCACCUUCAAACCUUGUAAAGAAACACAGAUUCCCGUGAAAUUAGGGACACAAGGACUGAUUCAACCAGAGAAACCCAUCAUUCUCAAGAUUGAGCCCAGAUGAAGGAUCGUGAGUGGAACCUGACUUGGCACUUUGUUCUUCCAGAAACCCGCAUCCCAGAACAAGAGUGUCCAUUUGAAUUUUUAAAUAAAUCAUAGUAAUGAAACUGA